AUGCCCGUUUUGAACCCCCUGCUUCUUGACGUUGCUCCUCUAUUGCUCAGUAUUGAGACUGCUGGUGGUGUCAUGACCGCCCUCAUCAAGCAUAACACUGCUGACGAGACUGCUGCUUUCAACAGUGGUCAGGUGACACCUGCACCCAGCCCCUUUCUUUCUUUCCCCCUUUUGAACAUUUUUUGUCCUUGUGCACUAUCAUCACGGAUCAGUAUGGGAAUCCCUGGACUAUGGGAGCGAGUCGCUUUAUCUGCCGACAACCGAACCCUCAAAGAGCUUGCAUUGUCAGAACUGAAGACCGAAGUCAUUGACGGCAACCGCAAUGUCAAACUGUUCAAGAUUGGGAUUGAUGCUAGUGCAUGGAUGCACAGUGUGUGCGCUGUCUUUCGGAUGAACCAUGCAGGUGCCGGAAAGUCACCAGAGCUGCGCACACUUUUUUUCCGACUAGGCACGCUGCUCAAGCUGCCCCUGCAUGCUGUCCCCCACUGGCUCACUCAUGACUUCCAGCGCAUGCUGGAGCUGUUUGGUUUUCAUUGGACUGAGGCUCCGAGUGAAGGUGAAGCAGAGCUCGCUGCCAUGAACACCCAUGGUGUCAUCGAUGCCGUGAUGACCGAGGAUAGCGACACCUUGAUCUUUGGUGCUCCCUGCAUCAUCCGAAGCGCAAAAAAAGACAAGGAUUAUCUCAAUGUACAGGUCUAUACAGAAGAUGGCCUUGAACAUGGCUGCUCCUUAACCCGAGGAGACAGACUCCUCAUCGCCCUGCUCGUGGGUGAUGAUUAUGAUGGAGGUGUGCCUGGUUGUGGUAUUGAAAUCGCGCACAAGGUGGCACAGCACAGCAAAAUAGGUCGGAUGAUGCUUGAUGCCUUCCUGUCACUGACACCGGAUGAAUUCUCGAAGCGGGCCAAGGAGCUCAUUGAGGACUUACGUCUUCUGCUCACUUGUGACCCUCACAAUUUCCUUGAGCACAGGUACAAGGCCGUCGCAGAUCGUAUUCCGCAUAAUUUCCCACAACAUGCAUUACUUGGCAAGUAUGUCCAUCCUCUCACAUCAUUUUCAGCCACUGGGAGUGGUACGACGAUGCUGCCAUCAGAUGUGUUAUCCCACCAGCCAGAUCUUGCAAGCCUUGCCGACUUCUGCCGUCAGAAUUUCGGCUGGGAUGAUGACGCCAUCAUUGAGAAGAUGUAUGGGAGUGUAUGGGAGGGUGCAUAUCUGCGCACAUUAUGCAAAUUGCCGAAACGCUCAGCAGACCAGCCAAACCUUCGGCCAACAUUCCGAGUCAUUUCCCACUUGACGCUUAUGGCAUUGAGGCGCGAUAUUGAAGUUUAUAUUGUUAAAGUUAAUUGUGAGCGCUUUGGACGCAACACUUUGGGCAACGCUACUCCCAGCCAAUUAUCUCCUAUCCACAUGGCACCAGAAGCAGUACAGCAGUAUAUUAGUCUAUAA